AUGGGAUCCAUCAAGCUGACCAUUCCUCCGUUCCAAGGCAAGAGCGAUCCCGAUGUUUACAUCGAAUGGGAAAGGAAGGUUGAGCUGGUUUUUUAUUGUCGCAACUACUCCGAGGAGAAAAAGGUGAAGCUUGCAGCUGUGGCAUUCACCGACUAUGCCAUAGUUUGGUGGGAUCAAUUGACGAAUCUUAAGCAAGGGUUUAAGAACGUUGAGGAGUACUACAAGGAGAUGGAGAUUGCCAUGAUUAGCGCCAAUGUUGAGGAGGACCGGGAGGCAACCAUGGCUCGGUUCAUUAGUGGACUUAAUCGGGAGAUUGCCAAUAUUGUGGAGCUACACCAUUAUGUGGAGCUCAAAGAAUUAGUAUACAUGGCUAUGAAGGUUGAGAGGCAGCUCAAGAAGGGGGGACGAUCGUCAUCCAGAUUCGAAUCCUCUAAUUCGAAUUCGAAGUGGACUUCCAAGUUUGAAGAGGCUGGACCUAAAUGGGCUGGUUCGAAGCAAGAGGAGAAGGCCAAGGGAGACAAGCCCGCAGCCAAGCCAUCAUUUGAUUCUAAGGAGAGGUGUAACUCUUCUUCCCAACCUCAAAGAAACCGUGAUAUAAAGUGCUUUUGUUGUUUGGGUUCUGGUCAUUAUGUUUCUCAAUGCCCAAACAAGAGAGCCAUGAUUAUAUUAGAUACUGGGGAGAUUGAAAGUGCGGAUGAGCAUGUGAGUGACACGGACUCUAUACCAUCACUUGAAGAUGCCGAUAAUGUGGAGCAUGCUGUAUCGAGUCAAACUCUUGUUGUUUUGAGAGCUCUACAUGUGCAAGCCAAAGAAGAUGGUGAUGAUCUACAAAGAGAGAACAUUUUCUACACUCGAUGCCACGUGAAUGAUCGAGUAUGUGGACUGAUUAUUGAUGGAGGAAGCACUGUGAAUGUGGCAAGCAAGCUGAUGGUGGAGAAGCUUGGUUUGAGUACUCAAAAGCAUCCGAGGACAUAUAGGCUUCAGUGGCUGAAUGAGAGUGGUGAAUUGAAGGUGACAAAACAAGUGUUGAUCUCAUUUUCUAUUGGGAAGUACCAUGAUGAAGUUUUGUGUGAUGUAAUUCCUAUGAUAGCUAGCCAUUUGUUACUCGGGAGGCCAUGGCAACUUGAUCGAAGGACUACAUAUGACGGGUACAAGAAUCGGUAUAGCUUCAUCAAGGAUGGUCGAAAUCAUGACACUUGCCCCGCUGUCACCACAUCAAGUGUUCGAAGAGAGUUUGAUGAUGUGUUUCCUGAGGAGAUGCCACCGGGAUUGCCACCAAUCCGUGGGAUAGAACAUCAAAUUGAUUUCAUCCCGGGAGCGCCCAUUCCAAACCGGCCAGCAUAUCGGUGUAGUCCCGAAGAAGCAAAGGAACUCCAAAAGCAAGUUGAUGAGCUGCUGACCAAGGGCUAUGUUCGAGAAAGCAUGAGUCCAUGCUCUGUGCUCGUGUUGCUUGUUCCCAAGAAAGAUGGCAUGUGGAGAAUGUGUGUGGAUUGUCGAGCUGUGAAUAAGAUAACGGUAAAGGGUAUGGAAGUGGAUGAAGAGAAGGUGAAAGCACGGGAAUGGCCUACACCCAUUACCAUUGCUGAAGUCCGAAGCUUCCAUGGCCUUGCUAGAUUCUAUCGAAGAUUUGUGCGCAAUUUUAGCACCAUAGCUGCUCCUUUAACCGAGAUCAUCAAGAAGGAAGUUGGCUUUAGAUGGGGCAAGGAGCAAGAGAAGGCAUUCAAUACCUUGAAAGAAAAGUUAAGUUCUGCUCCUUUACUGAUUUUACCGGACUUUUCUAAACCUUUUGAAAUUGAAUGUGAUGCUUCCGAUAUUGGUAUAGAUCCCGUCCUUAUGCAAGAGAAGAGGCCUAUUGCUUACUUCAGUGAGAAGCUCAACGGGGCUGCGUUGAACUACUCCACAUACGACAAGGAGCUUUAUGCUUUGGUGAGGGCUUUGGAGACAUGGCAGCAUUACUUGUGGUCUAAGGAGUUCAUCAUUCACACCAACCAUGAGUUCUUGAAGCAUUUAAAGGGUCAAUUAUGUUAUAUCUAA